AAUAUACAUUAAGAUUUAGCUACGUCUAGGGUUUUAUCUUUUUUGUGCAGGGGCGGCGUUUGAAGGAGCAGAAGGAAUCAGUAUGAGUCACAGGAAGUUUGAGCACCCCAGGCAUGGAUCCCUCGGAUUCCUUCCUCGCAAGAGAGCUCGUCGUCACAGAGGAAAAGUGAAGUCAUUUCCGAGGGACGACCCAACAAAGCCCUGCAAGCUGACGGCGUUCAUGGGAUACAAGGCCGGUAUGACCCACAUCGUCAGAGAGGUCGAAAAGCCGGGAUCCAAGCUUCACAAGAAGGAGACUUGCGAGACAGUGACUAUUUUGGAGACUCCGCCCAUGGUGAUUGUGGGUGUAGUCGCGUACAUCAAGACACCUCGAGGUCUCCGCACACUUAAUACCGUUUGGGCUCAGCAUCUCAGCGAGGAGGUAAAGAGGCGCUUUUACAAGAAUUGGUACAAGGCUAAGAAGAAGGCGUUUACCAAGUAUGCAAAGAAAUAUGAUACAGGAGAUGGUAAAAAAAGCAUCGAGGCGGAGCUUGAGAAGAUGAAGAAGUAUGCUUCUGUUAUUAGGGUUCUCGCUCACACCCAGGUGAAAAAGAUGAAAGGUUUGAAGCAGAAGAAGGCUCACUUGAUGGAAAUCCAAGUGAAUGGUGGAACAAUUUCCCAAAAAGUAGAUUAUGCAUACAGUUUUUUUGAGAAACAGGUACCUAUUGAUGCUAUUUUCCAGAAGGAUGAAAUGAUUGAUGUGAUUGGUGUCACAAAGGGCAAAGGGUAUGAAGGUGUGGUUACCAGAUGGGGUGUCACAAGACUGCCACGUAAAACUCAUAGAGGUUUGAGAAAGGUUGCCUGUAUUGGUGCUUGGCAUCCAGCUAGAGUUUCCUUCACAGUUGCUAGGGCUGGUCAGAAUGGAUACCAUCAUCGUACUGAAUUAAAUAAGAAGAUCUACAAGAUUGGCAAGGUGAGUGAGGAAUCCCAUACUGCAAUCACUGAAUUUGACCGGACUGAAAAGGAUAUCACUCCAAUGGGCGGAUUUCCUCAUUAUGGUAUUGUAAAGGAUGAUUACAUCAUGAUCAAAGGAUGUUGCGUUGGUCCCAAAAAGCGAGUUGUUACUUUGCGUCAGUCGCUUCUGAAACAGACUUCCCGGACAGCCUUGGAAGAAGUCAAGCUGAAAUUUAUUGACACAUCCUCUAAGUUUGGACAUGGAAGGUUCCAGACAUCAGUAGAAAAAGCUAAGAUUUUUGGUAAAUUGAAGGCAUAGGCAAGGAAAAUAGGUGGGUGCUUUAGUGUUAUCCGUAGCUGCAGGUGGUGCUCUUUAUCAAAAAGGUUAUUUUCCUUGAAAGUUUUGAGGAUGAAUUUUGAGCAUUCAUUUAAGCUGUUUAAUUUGUUGUGGCUUUACCAUUUUUUGGUAAAAACUAUCGAGACUAUAAAUUUAUAAUUAGAAGGCAACUUUCACGGUUU